AUGAAUAUAAAUGUUGCUGUCCGAGUUAGACCAUUCAUUCGUUUUGAACUCCAAUCUGCUGAUAAUCAAUGCUGCAUAGAUAUAGAAGGCAAUUCUACAAUAAUCACAGACCCUAAAAGUCUUGAGUCCGAACAAUUUUUGUUUAAUAAUUCAUUUUGGUCACAUGAUGGUUUUGUUGAAAGGGAAGAUGGGCUCUGUUUGCGAACUUCGAGCAAGUUUGCAGGAUCGGAAGAUAUAAAUGAAGAAUACAGUACCAAACUCUUAAAUAAUUUACUCGAAGGCUACAAUUCCUGCAUUUUUUCAUAUGGCCAGACCGCAUCAGGAAAGACAUUUUCAAUGUAUGGAAUUGGCAAUACCCAAGGGAUUAUACCUUAUACAUGUGAAAAGCUGCUUUCAAGGCUAAAUAAUUUAUCAGAAAAUGAGAUAUUGAUAAGUAUGUAUGAAAUUUAUACCGAAGAAAUCUAUGAUUUAUUGGUCCCGAAAACUAGUUGGCCUAAGCAUGGACUAAAAAUAAGAACAAACAGCGAUCAUGAAUUCUUUGUUGAAAACCUUUCGAAGCACCCUGUUAGAAGUCCUGAAGACUUCCAAGAAUUGAUAAGAAGAGGCUCAACAAAUAAGCGAUCCUUCCAAGCUCUGAUGAAUCAAAUUGCAGGGUAUUCUCAUGUUUUUUUGAUAUUAGAAUUGAAACAAAGAGUCAACCAAGAAGAUAAAGUGUUAGAAAUGAGCAGUUUUAUUACUUUUGCAGACCUUGCUGCGAAGCAAAGAGUUUUUGCAUGUGCCACUCUUGAAAAAUACGUUAUAUCACUUAAUUCUUCUAUUGCUGCACUGCAGACAGUUGUAAAAAAUUUGGCAAAUCCUGCUAGUAAGUCUUUUUAGAUAAAUUUUAAUAUUAAAAAACUUUUUUAAAAUAAUUGAUAUAUUAAUAAAUAGGGUAUAGAGGCGGAGUAAUACGCUACAGAGAGUCUGCCUUAACUAGAAUUUUGGCGAAUGCAUUAGGAGGAAACUGUAAAACCUACAUGAUUUGCACUUUGUCUCCAUCUUCUAAAUACUAUGAAGAUACCAAAAAAGAUCUGAAAUUUGCUUCUGUAGUGAAAAAAAUUCGAAAUCAGCCAGUCCCUAAUCAAUACAAAGAAAUUUAG